CAUCCAUGCGACCCCCCCUCGGCCCUCGUCCCCCGUCCUGCAUAAUAAAUCAGACGGCAUCCCCCAUUUCACUUUGACAUUACCCACUACACCUACAAUCAAUCACAAUGGCUCGUACCAAGCAGACCGCCCGCAAGUCCACCGGUGGCAAGGCCCCCCGCAAGCAGCUCGCUACCAAGGCUGCCCGCAAGUCGGCCCCCUCGACCGGCGGUGUCAAGAAGCCCCACCGUUACCGCCCGGGUACCGUCGCUCUCCGUGAGAUCCGUCGCUACCAGAAGUCGACCGAGCUCCUCAUCCGCAAGCUCCCCUUCCAGCGUCUCGUCCGUGAGAUUGCCCAGGACUUCAAGACCGACCUCCGCUUCCAGUCGUCGGCCGUCCUCGCCCUCCAGGAGGCGUCCGAGGCCUACCUCGUCGGCCUCUUCGAGGACACCAACCUCGCUGCCAUCCACGCCAAGCGUGUCACCAUCCAGCCCAAGGACCUCCAGCUGGCCCGCCGUCUCCGUGGCGAGCGCUCGUAAGCGUUCUCGUCGGGUUGUCAGUUCUUCGAGGUGCUGCGUACCGCGCCCUCGGCUUAUAUACUUCGAUUUGCUAUCCUCUUAGUCUUUGACUGGUCAGCCAUUGAGAUGCAGCUGUGCCAUGCCUGAUAUUGUGUUGCAAGCGUGGAAGGCGUGAUGGCC